AUGGUCUUGGAGCCUGAGCUAAGGGACAUCACCCGUACAGUUGCCGCGGAUAGGGCGAUCGGGAGAUUGCUGCGCGACAGUCCUCCUCGGUCGCAGGCGACCAUGCGGUGGUUCCGCGGCAUCCGGUCCGGCCUCCGCCGCAGAGGCUGGUGUGUAGAGAACCCUGGCGGUGGUGGUGGCGGCCCCGCGUUGGGAGCUGUCAAACUGCAGCCGGCGGAGUAG